UGAACAAACAAUUGUUUUUUUGACGAGAUUGUGUUUUUAGAAACCUACUCGUUGUUUUUCUUUUAAUAUUUUUCUCGCGUUUCGGCUCUGGCUCCGGUCCUUGUUCUUUCUCUUAUUAUUCCUAUAUUCCCAUCAAGAUGACAACUUUGAGGCCUUUUACAUGUGACGAUUUGUUUAAAUUUAAUAAUGUUAAUUUUGAUCCGUUGACUGAAACGUAUGGGUUAUCUUUUUACACCCAGUAUCUUUCUCGAUGGCCGGAAUUCUUUCAACUGGCAGAAUCACCUAGCGGCCAAAUCAUGGGCUACAUAAUGGGCAAAGUUGAGGGUCAUAUGGAAAACUGGCACGGUCACGUCACAGCUUUAACCGUUUCGCCUGACUAUCGCCGAUUGGGUUUAGCUGCUCUUUUAAUGAACUUUUUGGAGGACAUAUCGGAAAAGAAACGUGCGUAUUUUGUUGAUUUAUUUGUGCGGAAGAGCAAUAAAAUUGCUAUAAACAUGUAUUCAAAUUUGGGAUACAUAGUUUAUCGGACUAUAUUGGAUUAUUAUUCUGGUGAUCAGGAGGAAGACGCUUAUGACAUGCGAAAAGCUCUUUCAAGGGACACCGAAAGGAAAUCUAUAAUACCGUACACGCAACCAGUACGACUGGAAGAUUUAGAUAUGCAUUAAUUACGAUUGUCUUGAAACUGACUUUUAUUUAAGGAUCUUAAAUAACAUUAAAUCUUUAUGUUCUUAACAA